AUGACUAAGCUAAGGCAAACACUUAGUUUGAAAAGUUGCGCCGCUGCCAGCAAGUCUUCCUACAUAUUACGUGUGUACAUACCUCCCACGCCCACCACCCACGCCCACCUCCUACGCCCCCUCCUACGCCCACCCCCCGCGCCCCACUUCCAUCGCCCCCCUCCCACGCCCACCUCCCACGCCCACGCCCACCUCCCUCGCCCACCUCCCGCGCCCACCUCCCGCGCCCACGCCCACCUCCCUCGCCCACCUCCCAUGCCCACCUCCCACGCCACCCUCCCACGCCCACCUCCCUUCUGUAUUUACCUCAACACAGUAUUGGAAAAUCUGGUCUGA